UGAAGAAUUUAUAAUUAUUAAAGAUAUUUCAAGAUAUAAUAUAAAAACGAAGCAUUUAUUAAUUACUUUUUUACAUUCUAGUGAUAUAUGUAUAUUUGGUGAAUUUAUUUAUAUUAUAAACGAUGAAUAUAUUAUGUGCUAUAGUUAUUAUUAAUGUGCUAAACUACGUGCAGGCGUCAGAUUUAGCGAAGAAUUGGGGAAUAGUUGGCACUCCUUUGGGGAGUGCUUAUCCAUGCAAAGGAAAUGACGUAGUUUUAGCACAAUUUGAAGCAGGUUUGAGCCCAGAAGAAGAAAAUAAAUACAGCUUAUAUAUUGGAGAACAAUUUCCUACUCACUCGCGUAUUAUAAUUAAGUUCGAUUCUGAAGCAACAGUAACUUUGGUAAAUGACAAAGUGGCAAGAAUAAGAAAUGUUGCAGCUGACUUGGUAGUUUUUAUAUCCUUUUUCAAGCCUGGGUCCUCAUUGAGCCUCAUCAUUAAGGGUCCACAAACGGGAACAGUUCCGUACCCCACUUCUAUCGAUGUCAACUCAGUGGAAUACUGCAAACAACCGGCGCCGGGAUUUCUUGACAGUGUUAUUGAGGGAUAUAAAGGAACAGCUCACGUGGCACCGUCAGUUCCAUCUGGUUCGUGUGGGAGACGCAAAGUGGUGCAUACGGAGCUGAUCGUGAAUGGACAACCCACCAAACCUGGAGACUGGCCCUGGCAUGGAGCCAUCUAUAGGCUGGAACAAUCCUCUGUGAGAUAUAUUUGUGGUGGGACGUUGUUGUCCAAAACUUUUGUUCUAACAGCUGCUCAUUGUGUAACCAUUAGUGGAAAUCCAGUACUACCAGAGAUUUUGAGUAUCAUUUUUGGAAAGUACCACCUGAUUGGUGGUGAUAUAGCAACACAAGAGAGAGAGAUACAACAAAUUAUAGUACAUGAAGAAUUUAAUGCAUCCAGACUAAACAAUGAUAUUGCAUUGAUGAAAAUGAAGACUGAAGUAUCUUAUGAUGAUUAUGUCCAGCCAGCUUGCUUGUGGCAUGCGAAUGCAUAUAAAAAAUUGCCCGUUGGAUCAAUCAUGGGAACUGUCGUCGGUUGGGGAUUUAAUCACAACGAUCAACUAGCAAGCACUCUCCAUCAGGUGGUGCUGCCCAAAAUAUUAGAAAACCAUUGCAUUAAAAGUAAUACUGCUUUCUUCGGAUUGUUAUUAAACAACAGAAAAUUUUGCGCUGGAUAUAGAAACGGUACCUCAGCCUGCAAUGGAGACAGCGGCGGUGCUUACCAAGUAUUUGUCCCUGAUGUUACUGGGGACUCCUCAGCCAAUGCAACUGGGUCUUGGCACGUCCGUGGGAUCGUUUCUCUAGCCAUGUCGCGACCUAAUGAACCUAUUUGUGAUAACAGGCAAUACUCAUUAUUUACCGAUGUCAGUGCAUUCGUUGGAUGGAUAAAGACAUAUGUUAAGACUGAUAAUUAAUUUUAUCAAUGUAUUUAAUUAAAAUAUACGUUUUUA